AUGGAUCCCGCCGACGACGACGGCCAGCACCUCGAAGGUACGCACCCGCCCGCAGGCCGCUCAUCUUCACCCGCCCCGGACACAGACGACGGCGGCAGCGGGUGGGGGAGCGACAAGCCGCCGACGCGCGCGGAGGAGGGGCGCAUCGCCGGGAAGGCCACCAUGGAACCCUCGCCGUCGCCGGAGUCCGCCAUCUCCGAUGACGCACGCCCCCAAGUCGUCCUCUCCUCUCCGCCGGGCCCAGAAGACGGCGGCAGCGACGAUCUGACGCGCGCCGUGUCCCAGCUGACGCUCGCGGAGGCGGGGCUCACCGCCGGGAAGGCCGGGUCCGCCCCCCGCGUCGUGGAUCCCUCGCCGCCAGCCUCCACCGUCUCCUCCCAUGCUCACCAAGAUGACGACGAUGUCGCUGGCGUGAACAAGCGGACGCACGCGAGGUUCCUCGUCACCCACGCCGAGGCCGGGCUCAUCAUCGGGGCGGGCGGGUCCGCCGUCGCCGCAGUCGAGGCCCGCUCCGGCGCCCGGGUCAGGCUCUCCCGCCACGACGAGCUCCUCCCCGGCACCGACCGCAGGGUUGUGCUCGUCUCCGGCCUCCUCAGCCAGGUCAUGGAUGCCAUGGAGCUACUACUCGAGAGGCUCCUUCACCAGGGUGGCCCGGCGUCCGACUCCGAGGCCACGGUAGUGCUUGUGGUGCCUCAGCCCUGCUGCGGCACGCUGAUCGGCAAAGGAGGAUCUGUUAUCAAGUCAUUCACUGAAGCUUCGGAAACUGCAAUUCAGGUCUCACCACAGAACGUCUCCUAUGGCUUCAAUGACAGGCUGGUCACUAUCACAGGACCCUUGGACAAUCGAUUGCGAGCAGUGUUUCUGAUAAUAUUCGAGCUGCUAGAGGACGUUCGUUAUUCUUUUCCAUAUGCAGCUGCUACGCCAAACACUCCAAUGAGAUCACCUGUUAACAAGGAUGCCCAAGAAUCUCUCACUAUUGCUGUUAAUGAUGAGUAUAUGGGUGCUGUUAUUGGUCGUGGUGGAAGGAUUAUCAAUGAGAUCAGCAAGGUUAGUGGAGCAUGGAUCGACAUCUCAGGCAAGGGGGAGUUCAUACCCGGGACUCGCGACAGGGAGGUGACUAUGAGCGGCACGUCAGAGGCGAUCCGCGCAGCCGAGGCGAUGAUCAUGCACCGCGUCUCCGUGGCCAGCGGCGAGGGCGGCAACUUCACGUGGCGGAGGGUGGAGGGCAGAAGCGGCAAGGCUCUGCUUACCAGGCUGGAUGAGGAGGAGGAUGCAGUCAUGCAGAUGCAUCUGCUGAACUUGGGUGACGAGAGUGUGACACAGUAG